AUGAAAUUCCAUAUUAUUUCACCUACCAGAUUGCAAGUUGAUGUCUAUGAUAUGAAUUUGCAGCUGAACUUUGUGGCACUUUUUUUGUUUCACAAAGCUGUUGUUACAAUCAAUUUUUUCACCAAAAGACAUUAUUCUCUAAUUUUGUUUAAGUUGGAAGAUGAGGUUGAGAAACUUCCAGGUGAUCACAGAGGGUUGGUACACAGUAACCAGGCAUUGAGACUGUCCAGAUUGACGGUGCAGGGAGAGACUAUGGAACAGAGGAUAAUGCUUCUGAAAAUCCUACAGGUAUUUGAUAACCAGUUCCAUGUGUCUCUUGUAGAAUCCCUCUCAAAGAAGGUUGGCAGAAUUAAAUCUUGCUGAAAACAAGAGCUUUUAUUCAAAUGAAAAACUUGGCAUAGAGUAGCAUGUGUGGAUUUUUAUUCUUUGUGUAUGGACUUGCUUAAAAUAUCCAUGUAUGGAUUAAAUAAAAGUUUGUAUAAACAGGCAAAGUUGUUGGAAAAUAGCAUUUAAGAGUACAAGAUAACCACAAAAAGUAUUGCGGGUAGUUUCCAGGUCACUGUCACUAGACCUCAGGAUUUUACAGUAGCAAAUCUGAGAAAGCAUCCCUGUAUGGAAGAGGCAUGGUGGGUUUAAUGAAUAUAUUUAUUUAUUUGACUUAUUAAAAUUCAUUGAUCACCAAACCCCAGAUGACCAACAAGUUUGUUUGUGUAAUUUUGUCCUUUUUCCAACAACCUUUCUUGAAAACAGCUGUAUACAGAUGAAGAGUUACAGUCAUAACAUUCUGUAGCAUAUAAAUGUGGUUUUUAAAUUGCUUAAAAUUUGUGCUCUUUGUCUACAAGUUUGUUUGAUUGUUUUUUGUUUUGUUUUUAUAGCACACCACAGACCAGUCAUGUUUAAAAGGGUUCCUCAGGUAUCAGGGGCUUUCUCUACUUUGGAGCUGGAUGGUG